UAUCACACACCUCCGACCAAGAUGGAUGAGCUCGCGACCUAUGAUCUUGCCGCCUGCAAGAAGCCUUCCUCCGCCGUCUCCGGCAUCCGCCUCUUCGGCAUCGACGUCUCCCGCGAUCGCGGCGGCGACGGCGGCAGGAGCAAGAGCGGCCGCCGCUUCGGGUGCCACUACUGCUGCCGCCACUUCCCCACCUCUCAAGCCCUCGGCGGGCACCAGAACGCGCACAAGCGUGAGCGUCUGCGGACGAGGCAUGUUCAGUUCGGUCCGGCCAUGGAGACCGGUGGCCACAGUGUGUGCGGCCUCAGUGACUGCCUUCGUUUGCCUCACCACCCUUCAUGGCGCGCUAGUGUCAGCGCCGGAGCUGGUUUCUUCGGUAGGCACGGUCCGGGGACGCAGCCGAUGACCGGUAGGCCAUUGCUACGGGGAGUUCCUGCAGUGGUGCGUGGUGGCACGGGCGUCGGCUUGAUUUAUUGUGAUCGAAUGAUGCCAUUACCUCUGAUGCAAGGAGAUGUGUGGAAAGCGGGUGGUGCCGGUAAUGAUGCAGUUUCUUGUGCUACUACUGCCACAAUGGCAAUUGUUGACAGCAGCAUGGAGUGGUUUGCAGAAUUGGCUCCUGGAGGCUAG